UCCCUCCGGGGCUCCAUGGCGCUGCGGCCCGAGCCGGCGGCCGGAGUCGUCAACCUGCUGUCGGACGAGGAAGGCGGCGAGGCCCAGGCCGCGGGCCCUACCGGCCUCCGGGAGAGCCGGCCCCGCCGGGUCAAGCUGCAGCAGCCGCCGCCGCCGCCUCCUCCUCCUGCUCCUCCGCGUCAGCCGCCGCACUCGCCUUUCUCCGGCCUGGCCGAGCUGGCGGACGAGGCCGCCCUGGACGAGCGGAGGGACCGGGACCGCGGCCUCGUCCGCUUCGAGAACAAGAAGCUGUUCAGCGAGUUUGUGGAAUUCUGUGGGUCUUUAACGGAAGAAAACCCGGAGGUGAUAAAUUUCCUGCAGAGAAAGUACAGCAAGGCUUUUCCGGACUAUUUGGCCUCCACAGAGUUCCGCAACGUUCUGGGCCGCUGCCUCACCCGAGUGCAGGGCAAGAAAAGCAAAGUCUUUGUUUACAUCAAUGAGCUCUGUACGGCACUCAAAGCCAACUCUCAAAAAACUAAACUUGCCUUAACCAACAGGGACAACUCCAAGCAGCCGCUGGCUGCAGGGCCUGAGGGUCAGUCUACCCAAGAUGUUAAAGAGCAGAAUGACUGCUCCGAGAGGACUUCUGCCCAGUCCGGGGAUGUCGCCUCUACCUCAGUUACACAGGCCACCGCCAUAGCAACCGCCAAAAAGAAACAUAUUGGCAGCGGGUCACGCCGUCAGAUCCGCUACCUGGAGAAUCUCUUAAAGGUUUACGCCGAUGAAAUCAAGCGGCUUCAGGAGAAGGAGCUGGACCUGAAUGAGUUGCAAGAUGAGGAUUCCUCUUACAUCCAGGAGCACCGACUCAAGAAGAAGAUGGUGAAGAUCUUCGAGAAGCUGUGUGAGCUGAAGAGCUGCUCGAGCCUGACUGGUCGGGUCAUCGAGCAGCGCAUCGCCUUCACCGGCACACGAUACCCCGAAAUCAACCGCAAGAUCGAGAGGUUCAUCAACAAACCGGAUCAUUUCCCUGACUACCAGGACAUCCGGAACAUCAUGCAGAAAGUCAGCGUCAAGCACUCGUUAGGACUCAGCCAGAGGCAGAUCCAGAGCAUGGCACAGGAUGUGUUCCGGGAGGUUGGCAAUCGUCUGCAAGAGAGGCGCCACCUGGACUUGGUGUACAAUUUUGGCAGCCACCUCACUGAUGAUUAUAAGCCAGGUAAGGACCCAGCCAUGACCGACAUCACCUUAGAGAAGCGGCUCAGGUCAAACCGUUCCAUCGCUCUUGGCCGCCUUGAUGAGGUGGUGCGGAAAUAUGCUGAGAUUCAGGACGUUGGUGAAAUAGAAGAGGAAGAAAAGAGGAAGAAGAAGAAGAAACUGCUCCAGUCGGCGGUGACCUCCACCUCUGAGGCCUCCAAAGCGAAUGCUGAGGGGGUCAAGGAGCAGCAAGAGAAGCUUCUAAAGGUGGAUGAAAGUAAAGGGAAAGAACCAGAGGAAGAGGAGAUGGAAGAGGAGGAUGCUCGUGACUCUGAGGAGGAGGAGGAAGAGGAGGAUGACGAGGAGGACUUGUCAUCAGAUCCGGAUAUUGAAGAGGAGCUGUCAAAGAUUGAGGAGGUUGUAGAAGCUGAGGAAGAGCCACAAGAAGAUGAAAAAGCAGAAGGCACUGAUGGGGAAGAGGUGGAUGAGUCUGAAGAGUCUGCUCAGUCUUCGGAUGUUGAGAGUGAGGAGGAUGCAGAAUCGGGUGAAGGCGAGGUGGAAGGAGGAGUGGGAUUGGACGCUGCAGGGGAAGAUGUCAGCUCCAAUAAUGAGAGCAGCCCUGUCUGCACCACACACGAGGGGUCUGAGUGCAACGAUGAAAGUGGGAGCACUGCGCCAGCGAAAGUUGGGGGUGACGAUGGCACUAGUCCCGUAUGCACUGUGGAGGAAGGAGUGGGAUUAAGCAUUGAAGGCAGAGCUGUUCCCGCUGUGGAGGAAGGGAUUGGAUCCAGUAGCGAGAAAGGGGAUGCAGAGGAACGGGUGGGAUCGAGCAGUGAGAACAGGGCUGCUACUCCCAUGGUAGAAGGUGUGGGGUCUGACAACGUGAGGAGCCCUGCCUGUGUCACAGGGGAAGGGGACCAUUCCGACAUCGAGGAUAGCCCUGCCCGCUCUGCCGAGGAAGAAAUUGGGAGUGACGAGGCCAGCCCCCCACCGACUGAUCACGAGGGAAUGAAAGGUGAGCUCGGGGAACAAGCAGUGAGGCGUCCAAAGAGGAAACGAGCAGACUCCAGUGGGCAGAAACUGGAGGCACCAACUGCCAAACCAAACCCUAAAACUGCCUCCGAAGCACUUGAGGAUCUUUCAACAGGGGAGGAAACUAUAACAAACAAUCUGUCUGCACACGAUAAGUGCAAUGCAGAAACAUCCCCCUGUUAUGAGCCAAAAUCUUUGAGCACAGGAGAUGAUUCAAACCUGGACAGAAGGCCUGUUAUCAAGAAGGAGAACUUGGAUAUGCUGGAAACUGAUGGACACAGUCCAGACAUUUAUUUAACUGCAGUAAACGGGGAAAAGAAAGGCUCUGUCGAUCUGGACAGUCCACCAGUUGCAAAGAGAGUUAAGCGAGGGCAAGAUAUGGAGAUGCAGAGCAGUGUAGAAGUAAUCGAACUGAUGGAGUCUGAUGAAGGGAUGGAGGAGCCUCUGAUGGACCAUACGGAGUCUGGGGUUGGAGUCAAGAGUCCGCUCCCUGCUGUCGAUUCAACACGAGCAGAUUCCCCUCUUGUUAGUGUGGUCACCAGCUCGCAACCCAGCCCUGUAAGACACACAAGGGUGAAUGUGGCAACUCAAUGUGACCCAGAAGAAAUCAUUGUCCUGUCGGACUCUGACUGAAGCACUGACAGAUGUUUGGACUCUCCUCGAUUGCAGGGAGUUAAUAUAAAUUGUCAAGGAAACGGGGGAAAGUUUGCACUGAUGCUCUGUGCUGCCUCCUCGCUCGCUCUCUUGUAUAAUUUAAGCAUUGCAAGACGAAAGCUGCAGGCAAACUUGUUUUUUUUUUAAAUUUUUGAGUUGGGCCUCAAUUCAGGCCCAAGGGAGCUCCUGUCUCGAAAUGUCUGGAGCCAGCUCCACUAGCUGGAUGGGUUUUCCACAUCCAACCUCCCCCACACUGAUCAGAUACCCACUUCACUGUUUUUAGGGGUGGAGUGGGGGAGAGAGAUGAAGAAAUUCUGUCCUGCUUCAAGGUGGAAGGUUGUUAUUGAAAUUGAUGUAUAAAUUAAUCUGCCAUCUUUUGUUAGAGGUGCUUUCUACAGAGUGCACUGUGCGAAGUGCAGUUGAUGCAUUUUCUGAUAGUGAAAGAUUAGCAGUACUUUUUUAAAAAUAUAUAUAUCUCUAUAUAUAUAUAUAUAUAUAUAUAUAUAAAAUAAAAAAAAACUUUUUUGUGGACUGAUUGUUCGCAUAAGCCCUUCACACCUGUACUUUCCAAACAGUUCAAAAAUGGAUUCACCAGAAAGCAUUGACUCUGGUAAUUCUCUGGGUUUUGAUGUUAAAAGGUAAUUUCAUAAUUAACUGCACAACUCUUGUGAAAAUUUUCUUCAGUAUUUUUAGUUGCAAUUCCCUUUCCCUCAGUUUCUGAAGUUUGAUUCUGUUCCACAGGCACCUGCUGGGACACAGUUUCCACAGGGUUCCCCUUUUUACCUUCCCCAGGCGUGAACCUCACUGGUGUGUUGGCCCCAUUGUUAUAUAUCAGGCAGGGCUAUCUCUGCCACACACACUGAUCCCUCUUCCAGUUUCCAUCUGCCCAUCAGUCAGUAAGAAAGAAGUGGGGCCUGUACUCUGGUUCCUUCCUACCCUAAGUAUGGGAUCAAAGCUGGGACCAUUAUCUCUCUGACUCCCAUCCACCCUUCAGUUCCCCCAGCGGUGCAGCCAUCAGUGCUUAUUGUGCCUUUUUAAGCAGUUGGUGUGAAUUGGGUGAGGCAUGCAGCUGAUGAAUAUCACGAAUUUGGUUGGGUAAGUGGACAUUUCAUUGCGCGAUAUUAUUGUCCUUUCUCAUAUCCCAGGCUGGGAUUUACAGUUUCUUGUCCUUUAAUUCAAUUUAUUUAGCCUGUCACGUUUUAAAUGCAGAGAGAACUUUCAGUUCUGCACUAAAAGUUUAAAUUACAAAAUAAAAUCCUGGUCAGAACCUGGCCAAAAAACAGUGGAGCUGGUUCACUAAAGUUCACGGGAACUCCUGCCACCUUUCACCUCUUUGGGACGCGCUGUUUGUUCCUGUCCCCCACAAUGGAAAUGAGCUGUGGAGACUCGAUAGCACAUACUCGGACGCAGAGGAAGUCAGAGCUGAGAAGCAAAAGGGUCACCCACGUCAGGAAUGAAUACAUUGAUGUAGCUGAUGCUAAUCCCAGGGAAUCGUGUAUUAUAUGUAUUGUAUACAGAGUUCAGUGAAUUAUUGAACAGCAAUUCUGCCAAUAGCUCUCGGUGAAUUAAUAAAAAAUGUGAGUAUGAAACAUAGGUGGUUUACUCAAUGUCUUGUGAAUAGAAAUGUACUCGCUGCCUUGUUCCCCAGUUAAUCCAUACUGCUUAUGGUAUUGAGUGUUUUUAAGAGGUGAGGGGGGAAACCAAUGAAAUCCUGCUCUGCAGCUCUGAUUUUCUUUUCUUGAGCUUUGUAUUUAAAGACACUAGGAUGCACGUAGAGAGUUGACUUUAGCGGAGCUGAACUGUUGCAUUUUUGACUAACGUCUCCUUUCUCAGUGAUACAAAUCUCUGCACGAGCCACUGACUUAACGGACAGGAACUUUUUGUGUGUGCAGUUAAUAAGGGAAAGUUCCAGGCAGCUGCAUCGCAAACUCAUGACUGGAUUCAGACAGCUCUAGUUUGAAAAGUAGGAAGAUGACUAUUUGCACUGGCGAAGAUGGCUGCUUGAUGCAGCUGUGCAGAAAUGACAAACUCUUGUUGACUCUAAGGGUUAAAUUUCCUCUUAACCAGGGAAAGAAGUGCCUGUAUUUUCUCCACAAUUCAUGACCCAUUGAAGAGCCAGUCUCCAAAACUAGUGCGUGGCCAUUAGAGGCCAAUUAAUUAGUUUCUCGCAAUUUUCAAUUAAGGAUUUAGGUGCAAGUUGACAACACUGAAGCAAGCCAUCUGGUCAUUGGUGUCUGUGUUGGCUUUUUGUAGCAGUCCCACAGACUACUCUCUCCCCGUAGCCCUUUGCACCCUCUGCCACUAUCCCAUAGAAGAUGCAGUGAUUCCUUCCUCAAUCUCCCUCUAAACAUCCUUUGCUCCAGCAGCCCUCCGUAAAGCAGUCUCUCUUGUCCUUGCUUUCAUACCCUUAGUGUGUUUGCUUUAAUAACAAUGUUGCUUGGAAGUAGUGAAUUUAAGCUUGUUACCUAAAGUGCCAGUUGAAGGUUAACUCAAAUGGCCAUUAACCCAAGUAGAAUGGCCUUAAAAUAGGUGUAGACGGCUCCAAGAAACAAGCGCACUGUAGGUUUCGUGCAUUUUGCCAGUCUUUCUGCAAGAAACUUUUUGUCUGUGGUGUGCAGUGAUUAUUCCAAUUCACUGAGCCAUAAACCGCAAGAUGCCUGGCACCCCAAAAGCCCUCUGAAGCAGAAACUGUUUUGAGCACCAGAUUAUUUCCUGACACUCACUGUAGACUCUUGUUUGUGCGCUCUUGGUUCACUCUCACCCACGCAAGUUUCUCCUAAUUUCCCUACUAGAUUUGUUGAUGACUAUCUCCUAUUUAUGGCCCCUAAAUUUGGUCUCCUAUACAAGGAGAAACAUCUUUGCAUCUACUCUAUCAAACCCUUUCAUAAUCUUAAAGACCUGUUUUAAGAUCUGGUCAUCCCUCAUUCACUCUUAUAGAGGAGAGUCAUUCCUCUAUCGUUUUUCUAAUAUGGAGUCUGGAACUAUUCACAGUACUCCAUGUAGUCUAACCAAUCGUUACAAAUUUCACAUUCCUCCUCUGCUUUUCAAUUUACUCCUCUAGAAAUGAACGCUGUGCUUUGUUCUUUUAAAGGCCAUGUCACUGAAAUCCUUCACUGGUCCCGUGCAGCUCAAGGUGAGUGGUGGUUCCUCGCCCUCUCUACAGCUGCUGUCAUUCUUCAAUAAAUAUUUUAGUUGCAAAUCUGUCUGCUUCUCUCCCACCCUGUCUCCCCCCACCCCCACCACAGUGAAUCCCAAACUGCUGAAAAUGCAAAACCUUUCAUUCUGAGCCUUUCCGGGCAACAGCUGUCGUUUAAUUUUUUUUCAUGCUUCUUGACCAUCGUUUGCCAAACUGACUUGCAUCAAUUUUUUUUAAAGUGCGACCUGCCAGAGUUUUUGCUAUUUCCUUGAGGCAGCUGGUCAUGCAGGCACAGUGCUGAUUUGUGAACAGGCAACUGACUGGUUCCUGGGUAAACAGAGAACACAGUGAAUGGUUCAGUCAAGGGCAGUCGAGUUUGGCUACAACUUAGGUUAUCCUUUGUAGCUGGGUAUGGGAGAAGGGCUAUGGGAGUUUCUCUUGCCGCCUUGCCAAGUAGUUGGGCCAGAUUUGAUUUCUGAUUCUGAAUUAGUUUUAUGCUCUGUCUCUUUGCCACAGAGUUUAAGGGGGUGGGGGAUAAUCAGCCAUAAUCCCUACUUUGCUUAUAUAAAGGAGAAAAUGAUGGAAGCACUCAACAGGUCAGACAGCAUCUGUGGAGAGAGGAAAAAUGAGUUAACACAGUAUUGUUCAGAUUGACAUGACUGCCCCUCGGAUGGGUGUAAAUGACCUUAUGACACUAUUCAAAGUGCAAGUGGAGGGGCAAAUGUGGGGAGCUUUCCUCUCUGCCCUGGUCAAUGUAUAUCCAUCAACCAACAUCACAAACAUCUUAACUGGCCAUUUAUCUCAUUAUUUUUCUAUUUGAGGGACCUUGCAAAUUAUCUGGCUUGUUUCUUACAUCGCAAACCAGUGACUACACUUGCCUGAGAAUUGCUUUGGGACAUCCUGAGGUCAGCAAAGGUCAUAUAGCAAAGGAAGACUCUCUUCUGCGGCACAUUCAUACUGUCUAGAGAUCCAGCUCCAUUUAAUAAUGAUUAAAGGGAGAGAUUUAGAAAACACUGCACUAAGUGGUGGGGGCGAUGUCCACGUUGUCUUCUGUGUUUGGUGACAGGCUGUUAAAAUGACAGAUCAUUUUUGGUUAGUUUUAAGCCAGAGAGGGUCUUUUUAUACUGGGGCGGUGCUACAGGGAGGGAUUCCCAUCAAGGGGGACUACUUUGUGGGGAAUGCAGGAACCAUUCUCCGUCCUCCUAUCUGAUCUCAAAGCAAUUUAGGCAGGUAACAAAGUGCUAGCUAAAUGUUCCUUUUUUUUAAAAAAAAAAAAGGACUUUAGUUCUGUUGAAGGGUCAUGAGGACUCGAAACGUCAACUCUUUUCUUCUCCGCCGAUGCUGCCAGACCUGCUGAGUUUUUCCAGGUAAUUCUGUUUGUGUUUUUUGACUAAAACCCCUAGUAAUUUACAUAUAUUUUUAUGUAUAAUGACAGGGUAAGAGUGUGUUUUUAAUAAUGCUAUUUAAAAAUAUUUAAUGAGCUGUAGGCUGGUGAUGACACUCAUGGUUUUAGUGAUUUGAGCCCCCACCCUUCCAUAAAAGCUCUGUCACACAUCACCCAUGUCCUCUGACUCCAUCACUGCAAAUGGUUUUCUACUUGGCCACAAGGUGGUGGUAUCUGUGAGAUGUUGUCUUUCUGACCUCUCUUUCUCUUCUCCCAAAUUCCACACCCCCCCUCUAAAUUGAACUGAAGUCCAGUUGAGUGAGACCCCAGGUGGGCAGCUGUGGUCAGGGUCACCGCUUGUUCUUUGUAUAUUCAGUGUGUUCAUUUUUUUUGAGGGUGCAUAUUAUUUAUCUUUAUACUGUUUAAUUGUCGCUUUCUGUCCUUAGCACUUGCUCUCUUCCUCGCACGUGUACACACUUGUGCGCUAUCCCUUCUCCCUAGAAAUAUUUCUUCCCUGCAUCACAGCUUCUGCCUCUUGUCCCUACCACAUCCCCCACUGUUGUUCGGUUGAUGAGCUGCUACAUGAACAGGUCGGAAUGGCCAUGGAUCAGGGUUAAUUUUAUCUUUCCUGCUGCCCUCUCUUUUAAAAUGAAUUCAUUUAAUGAACUGGUUUCUAAAUGGCAAUAGGACAUGUUAAGUUUUUUGAAUAAAGUACAAUAUUUGAUAGUUUGGAGUAAGUGGGAUACAGCAGGUGCAAAGGAGCAUCCCUAACUAAAUGCAGCCCGCUUCAUGUGAGCCACUCUGAAAGCUGACAAAAGAAACCACUCUGGUGAACUACACAAGUGUGUUCCAUCUGCUCAGAAAAGCAGAGAAACAGAACUGGCCUGGCUGUCCUAUCACAGAGGGGACAGGAAUGCCUUUCUGUGAAACCCAGGCACUUCAAACCUGCUGGUUAGAGGGUGCUGUGUUGGGUUAAGGAGUGUAACGAUGGGGAAACCCUUGGGAAGGGGAGGGGGGGGGCGGUGGGAAUGGAUUAAGUGUUUACCUCAAGUGUGCUGUAUACCUUAAGUUUUUUUAAUUCCAAAGUUAAUUUUCUAUUGAUGUCUUAUGAACAAUUCAAUUGUUGGUUUAGUGUCAUAUUAAAGGUACUUUUUUGAACAA